AGUAAGAUAGGGACACCUUUACCUAUAUUCUAUUAAAACAGUAUGUUCAAAUUAGUUUGUUUAUCCUGUCUUGAACUCCUGAGCCUUCAUCUUUCACAGCAUUUUCUUUCCACAACAGAAAUCCAUUUAAUUAAAUAUGACCCAAGGGGAAUCACCAUGCACUGCUGACCUCUCUGCAUACUGGCCCUCAGUCUCCCAGAUGAAGAAGGAGAAACAGACACCAUGGGCUCUGUGGAGAUGGAUCAAGAAGCUGAAAUUAACAGCAGGUUAUUUCCAUCUUUCUUAAUCAACAUUGGAAAUAAGGAUUUCAAACUCCAUUCAGGAAUGGACCAUGACUUUUUUACCCUCCUUUUGUGAAUGAGGAUGUUUGUUCGACUUCUCUUUUUUGCAUUUCGUCAUUUGGAUCUGGAAUUAAUUUAUGAAGCAUUAUUUAUGACCUGAAACUGCCUGUAGAGGAUAUUACCCACAGUUUGGUAAGUUUGCUGCUCCACUGGGAACCAAAUUCUGUAAUUUUUCAUCCAUUUUGGGCCGGCAGAAGCAGAGAGGCCCACUUCCUCCCUCUUUACCAAAUCUCAGGCUGCAUCUCCUCAAUCCUCUUGACAGCAGACACCAGUUAUCCUCCUGUCUGGAUGACUAAGGGAAAAAUUACCUUACACAUAGCAUGGCUCACUCCUCUCACCCCUCUGGCCGGAGGGAGAUGACAAAUGGAGGCGGGCACCCCCACUUCCAAAGCGGAGUUCAGGCCGGGGGUUCCCACACUGCCACACGCUACAUGCUGAAGAAGCAGCACCGCCACAGACGCAGGUCCUCCUCGCCAAUGGGCAGGGUCAUCCUCAUCAACGCACCUGUUGAUGGAGGGGAUGACUGUGAAGACAUUCACACAGUGACAGUGGAUAAGAGUCCAGACGGGCGUUUAGGUUUCAGUGUCCGUGGAGGAUCUGAACAUGGACUUGGAAUAUUUGUCAGUAAGGUGGACAAUGACAGCUCUGCAGCGCAGGCUGGGCUGACUGUGGGCGAUAAGCUGGUGGAGGUGAACGGGGUCAGCCUGGAGAGCAUCACCAUGAGCAGUGCUGUGAAGGUCCUGACAGGGAACAACAGGUUGAGGAUGGUGGUGAGACGGGUGGGAAAGAUCCCCGGCAUCCGCUACUCCAAGGAGAAGACCACAUGGGUUGAUCUGAUUCACCGGCGGAUGGUGGUGGAGGAGAGUGGUCACACGCCUUCAGAGACCAGUUCAGACAGCGCUCUCCGCAGGAUUGUGCAUCUCUUCACCACAUCAGACGAUUACUGUCUGGGCUUCAACAUCAGAGGAGGCAGAGAGUUCGGGCUGGGAAUUUAUGUUUCCAAGUUGGACCCUGGUGGGCUUGCAGAGCAGCAUGGCAUCAAAAUGGGCGAUCAAAUCCUCGCAGCCAACGGCAUCAGCUUUGAUGAAAUCACCCACAGCAAUGCAGUCGAGGUCCUGAAGAGCCACACACACGUCAUGUUGACCAUCAGGGAAGCUGGGAGAUACCCAGCAUACAAGGAGAUGAUUGCAGAAUACGGCUGGCUCGACAAAUUGGCUAAUGGAGGCCCUGCGCCAUCCUCCCAGGGUUCAGACUCCAACUCAUCUGCCUCCUCGUUAUCCUCCAGCACCCCCCUCAGCUCCCUUAGUGGUCUCUCCCAAAUCCUUUUCCCUCCUGUUUUUGGCUCUGACAUGGUAGACGUCGCCAUCUCCACAGAGGACCGCUCCAGACGUCCAAGCAGUACAGAGAGAACUGCUGACACCGCCAUACAGACUGACCCCCAGCCACCGAACCACCUGGACCACUAUUCACCCAAUGGGUCACACCCUGACAGGCUGGUGGCCACAGAAACCAGCCGGACUGUAGGUGCCACAGUGCUUCUGAAGGAUACAGUCAUUCGUGGAAAAGGGGAAGGGCCAAGGGAGAUGGGAGGAGCUGGGGAACAGAGACGGUCGAGGACAUUGUCAUCAGGAGACCAGAAAGUAGAGAAAAACUCACCUAAAACAGAAGCGCUGAUGGCCCUGAGCAAACCACGGAAGCCAAUCAGACGCUCACAAAGCCACAUCACUGUGUCAGAGGAGAGAAAGAAGAAGAAGAAACAUCAGAAGGAGAAGCAGUCUUCGGAGGGUAAAACCAGCCUGCAGCGAUCUAAAACCUUUGUCAACCUGUUGUUUAAGAAGGACCGUAAAGAGAAGAGUCGCUCCAAGUCACCGUCUCGCCGUGCAGACAAAGAUAAGGAGCGGGGUCGCCCCUUCCAGCUCUUGACCUCCCCGAGAGAGUCCCGAGCUGGUGUUAAAGACAGCGCCCUGCUGCCUCGACAGGAGACCCUGCAGCACGUGGAGAACAUGGCCAAGAGGCUGCUUAUCCAGGACGAGGUAGCUGCUGUGAUGCGACACUGUCAGCGGUUUUUAUCUGAGAACGUGGUUGAUGAUUUAGUGCGCCCCCUUUUGGCGAUCUUGGACCGGCCAGAGAAACUGCUUCUCCUCAGAGAGAUAAGGAUGCUGAUACCGACUGCUGAGUUGGGUCGGUUUGACAGCAUGGUCAUGCCCUUUGAGCUGGAGGCCUACAAUGUUCUCAAGAGUCGCUCUGUGCGUUCUCCAGCUCUGCGAUCCCCUCGCAGUGGAACCCCUCGACGUCACCUCAUCACCCCAAUCCCAGACCUCAGAGGCGGCUUCUACCUGCAGCCAGUCCAGGACCCUCUCCAGGAGCGUCAGCUGAUAGAUGAAUUAGAGAGAUUACGUUUGUCCGGGCAACACACCGGCCAUCUACCUCCAUCCUGUGCCUUCACCCCUCUGCUGGAUGUACCAGUGGACAACUACACCUCCUCCACCAUGCGCUCCCGCUCCCCGAGCCCCUCACCCACUUACAGCACCAUCCUCACAGGAUCCUCUCACAGCACCCAACGUGGGCGCCAACCCCAUCGCUCCCCUGAAGUAAGACAGAACGGGGUGGCAAGGUACGACGAGGUCCCCUUAUUGUCAGUGUCUGACCGAGGAGAUGCGUUUCCUGAUAGAGGGAGGUCGCCUGUGAGGAACGGCCAUGGGAGAGCGAGGAGGGAGACGAGCCCUGACAGCAUAGAUAACAGACGGAGCAGGCAGGAGGGCUACACAGAGGUCAGCGUGCGUGUUCCCUCACAGCAGAGAGGGAGAACCCCGCUCGCUGAAGUGUUUGAGCAGCAGAGAGAGAAGAGCCCGUCCACAGGUAGAGGGAGCAGUCAGCAGGUUAAUGGACAUUCACAAAACGGUCACAGUGUGACGCCUGAGGAGUAUGAAAUCAAGACUUUGACUAUUUCCAAGGCCAAGCAAUCACUGGGUAUUAGUAUUUCUGGAGGAGUGGAGUCAAGAGUCCAGCCGAUGAUAAAGAUUGAAAAAAUCUUUCCUGGAGGAUCUGCAUCCAUGAAUGAGGCUCUGAAGGCAGGGUAUGAGCUGCUGUCCGUGGAUGGCAAAAGUCUGCAGGGAGUGACUCAUCAGCACGCAGUAGAUGUUAUUCGCCGAGCGUUCAGCAACAAGGCCAAAGACCCAAUGGUUUUUGUGGUCAAGGUUCCCAAGGUCCUUACUGCCCACACAGGCCCCUGGAGACCUGCAGACUAACCUUUGUGUGCCUCACAGCAAGGCAGGAGCUCAGCCGUGAAGGACACAUAAACCUGCAACCCCUGUGGGAGGUGACGAACUACAGAAUUCACUACAGAGGGGAAACAUGGGAUUUGUUGAUCUGCAGCCAUGGUGAUGAGGUGGAUGCAUUUAAGUACUUGACAUGGUAGGAGAAGCAUGUUGAAGAGAGAAGUUAACAUGUUGAAGCAGGUUUGUAUGGAGCUUAUUUAUCAGAUAAAGACUGUAAUAAAUACAUUUUGCUAUGAUGAGAUGUAAGAUACUACAUUUUGCAGCUCCAAGAGUUUUUUUUAACAUUCUUAGUAAAUGUAAUAAAGCUGCAUUCAUGCACAUUAACUGCAAAGAAAGUGAAUAAUGUUUGCUUUAUGAUAUCAUGUGGUCCAUGAACUUCUCCUUGGUUGAAAUCGUGCCACUGUUGGAUGCAUACCAUGACCUCUGAGCACUCUCUGAUUGUGGAGCCAGUGGUCUGCACUUUUCAGCUGGAUCAUCUCAGCCCAGCAGGCCUGCCAGAGGGAGAUUACCCAAGCCUGCUUUAUCUGAUUUAUAGAUUUAUACCCAGAUUAAUCCCCUGUAUUAUGUCAAAACUGAUAGUUUGGGUUUAGUGGAUGUCAUGGGGAGAGAUUAUUCCAAAUUUCUGGUCAGUACUUCUGGCUGUAUAUGUCUGGCAGAAGCGCUUGUGCUCUGGAGCAAUCCGCCACUUUAGAGGCUUAAUUACACCACGCUGUGGACCAAGCCGGGGCCAGAGCUGGAUAAAACAUGUCAAUGAUAAAUGCAGGACAUGAAGACCAGUGGAAUAGUUUAACUCAAAGUACUGGAGAAAUGGGCAGCAAGGAAACUGGAAUAGAGUGUGCAUAGUGCCUUACUUCUGCAGACAGCCAGAGGGGAAAACACUAAUUAAUGUUACACAAACUUGGUUUUAUUAUGUGCUGGAAAAGCUCAAGGUGAAAUGUUCUUAUUUAGACAUGCAAUUAAAGUUAA